GACCGCACGCGCCUUUGCCGCGCUCGCGAGCACGAGGUGCCCGAGCUCUCUCGUCCCUCUCACCCCCGUGGUCUUUCGUUCCCGAUCACCGCAGCAUUCCGCGGAAGGACGGAUCAAUCCUGCGGAUUUCGCGCGCGGCCAGAAUCAAGCGACUCGCGCUCGCCACGAGAUCGGCGAGAUCGCACCACGACGAACACGAAGGACUACGACCACGAGCACGGAGACGAGAGCGAGGACGACUGUCGGAGAUCGCGCUGGUCGCGCGAAAAUUGCGAGUCGCUCGCACUUUUGCCUAAGGAUGACGGAGGACGCGAUUAUCGGCAGUGUUGUGGGGCUACGCAAGGAACCGGCGUGUUUGACAAGUGAUCAGUGAGCGGCGAUUCUCAGCGAUUUUCAUUUAGUGCUACGUGAGCGAGGGUGAGCGCGGUCAGUCAGUGCGGAGUGGCCACGCAACAAUAGGCAGGAAGCCACCUCUUGAGAGAAACUGCCUUGAGAGAAACUGUUUCCGGGGGCCAUGAUAAUGCCGUGCAACGGCGGUGGCAGGCGGCGGUGAAAGAAAUUCAGUGAAAUCGAAGAUCUAGGAUUAACUGGCGAUUAAUGUACAACGCCACUUCGAGUUAAUGGAGCGCGGCCAACGAAAGGGGAGGCACGCGAUGACAUGCCACCAGCUGAAGACGGAGGUUCCUUGAGCCUGGAUUAGACGGCCGCUUAAAAUCCGAGCAUACUCCCGUCUUCAACCAGGAUCGAUCGAAUCAUCGGCGUACCUCGAGGAGAACCAAACUUCGUGCGCGCGGGAGAGCAAGAGAGCGAGAGAGAGAAAGAGAGAGAGAGAGAAAUACUCCAAUCACGUGCGCUGCUCGCAAAUCCGCGCAAAUCGGGGAAUCGCAGUUCUCCAUGAUAGCGGAUCGGCUGAGGAGGUGGGAGAAGAGGAAAAUCGUGGGAAAGAAAACAGCUAGGUCGCCCUUAAUCCCGAAUGAUCAAAGACUCGACCGACACUGCUGAGGACAGAUUUAUUCUGUGUCGCGCGGAUAUUUGAGAGGCUGUGUGGCUGUCACGGCGCCCCGAGUUCCCGUAAGCGAUGUGCCUCCCAGUGAAUUAAAGCGGCGUACCACGGAUAACCGAUCGUUUUGGGACAAUCGAUAAUGCCGGAUCGUAAAACUCCGUGCGGGGCACGCCGCGUGUCUGAUAAAUAAUGCAAUUCCGCUAUCGGGAGGCUCGGUGUCUCGGGCCGGUGUGAAACGGAAAACGAACUACUGGGAAUCACCCUCGGUGUGCCCGAGGAGAGAGAGAGAGAGAACGGCAAAGAGAGGGAGAGUUGUCGGAGGGCCUCGCGUGAGUUACGACGCAUCGUGGUGUGUGUGCGUGCGUGGUGUGUAUACAGACUUUAUGAAAUUGACCCGGAGUGGUUAAGCGCCGCGGCCGAAGAACUAGCAGCGACUCGAGGAGGAGGAGGAGGAGCUUAACAGGUGCGUGUACUAUCCGCGAUAAGUGAUCGUGCGUGCUCUCGACGGGGGUGCGUCAAAAAGUGCGGAUACUUCUCACUCGUAUUCCCCGACGGUCUCGAUUCUCCACGGCGACAUCGGCGGCGAUUGAAAUAGUGUCGAUUUCGUAUCCGGUAAAUAUUUGUCACGCGUACUCGAAAUCGAAUAGUUUAACACGGUGCGGAAGCGUCGUCUCGUCGCGAUUCAGAGCUCGCUUGACGAGGAAACGCAAAAAAACAAGGACUCUCUAUAUAGACACGCGAUAUCAAACAGAGCUCGUACAAAAGGCCCCGCGAACACAUGCGCCGGGACGCAUAAAUCGCGCCAGCCGUACGUGCAAUUAAGAAGUAAAUCGGGGAGCCGUAAUUAACGCGGUAGCUAAAGUACGAAGACGCGCAUACCCGGUGGUAAUUAAUUACUUUCAACGUGAGUUUAGAAAAGUCCUCUGUCGGAUCCUCCGGGGAGUCAUUAAGUGGACUUGAAGAGCGGCGCGUAACUCAUGAAUAGGAGCGUAUAGCGCGAGUAAAUUUCUAGGAUAGUCCUAAUUACUGGGGCAAGGAAGUUAUAUGAGGCUCGCGGCGCAGCUGCGAAGAAUCGUUUCGCGUUUGCACGGGAGUCCGGAAAAUCGCGGAGAUAUACGAGGGAAGGGGACACGUUGACGAUUCGAAAGUGCUCCGAGAGAGAAAGAGAGAAGAAGGAAAGAGGACGGAGAAAGAGAAAAUCAACCUCAUUUUCGUGCCCAGAUAUUCCGAGCGAAUCAGAACGCGGACGGUGCCAUGUGCGCCUCGUCAGACAGACAGUAAUCGCGUUAGGACCGUUGCAAAUUCGUACGUGGCGAGUCGACUGUUCGCGAACGAGCUUCUCGCAGACUCCGGCGAUACGCCUGCGAUAAGGUCGUUUCCUGAUCCGCGAACUACGAGCAUCUCGACGGAGCACGUGAAGAUUCGGGUGUUCUAGGUUUUUUGCACGAUAGAGGCGACAACCGUCGCGAAAUCGUAAACACAGGAGACUCGAACCGUUAUCAGGGUUGUCGGACGGAAACACCAACAAAAACACACGCGGCACAGUCGCGUCGCAAAAACAAUCAUUAACCGUCAAAGUGCGACAGUCCUUGACGAGACGUCGCGCCGACGACACGCGUGACUCUCGGCUGGUUCUUUCCUCUCGAAUCGUUAACGAGCGCGAGGAGUCACACAGAGAAAGUGAGAUCUCUGCGGGGGAAACGCGUCAUCCGUUCAUCUCGAGUUAUUUCGCAGCGGAAAUAUUCGGCCGUGAACUUGGUGCGCGAAGCAGUGGUGUCAUCGUCGGUAAAACGACACAAUCGAUCGACGAUUGUUACCGCGAGGCAUGACGGUCCUUAUCGAGACUGUCGUGAUGUGAUGUGUCGCGGGCAGGUACGAGUGGCGUUCACGAUCGGUCACGAGAGAAUGACGGUGACGUACGCGGAUGUUGUGCUGUGCCGGGACGCUGCAGUGAGUAACUGUCUAUAAAAACGACGAGAGUGCGACAACGGGAUCAUUUUCGUCGUCGUCGUCGUCGGGAGGGUGAGAACAGAGCCGCCCGACAUCGCUCGCAGAGACAUCAGCAUGAGGGAUCAUCGAGGAGGAUGGUUGCGCGCUGCGCUGCCUCUGAUAACGUUCCUCUACCAUCAGACGGAAUGCGCGGCCAAGAACGGAAGAUCGGUGGUGGAGCACCAUCCUGCGUCCUCUUAUUGGGAGCAGGGACCCUUUAGUCAGCCUUACUUCGACAACACGACAAGGAGAGAGACCACAACCACCGUCGGGCAAUCCGCUUACCUGCACUGCAGGGUGCGCAAUCUUGGCGAUCGCGCGGUUUCGUGGAUCAGGCAGCGGGAUUUGCAUAUUCUCACUGUCGGCAUUCUAACGUACACGAACGACCAGCGUUUUCAAUCGCUGCACAGCGAUGGCAGCGACGAGUGGACCCUGAAGAUCAGCUCGCCGCAAGUGCGGGACAGCGGGAUCUACGAGUGUCAAGUCUCGACGGAACCCAAGAUCAGUCAGGCGUUCAACCUGAGCGUAGUAGUCUCGAAGGCAAAGAUCAACGGCAAUUCGGAGCUCUACAUCAAAAGCGGGAGCGACAUCAAUCUGACCUGCAUCGUGCUGCAAACGCCGGAGCCACCAUCCUUCAUCUAUUGGUAUAAGGGCGACAACGUGAUAAACUACAGUCAACGAGGAGGCAUUAGCGUCGUGACGGAGAAGCAAACGCGAACGUCACGUCUCCUGAUCAGCAGAGCGCUGCCGGCCGAUUCCGGCAAUUACACCUGUGCGCCAUCCACAGCCGAGUCGGCCAGCGUCCUCGUCCACGUGCUCAAUGGGGAGCAUCCGGCGGCCAUGCAGCACGGGAACUCCAGCAACAGUGGCGCGGCCACGAGGACGCUGGCGUUGCUCCUGUUGCUCCUGCACGCCGGCUCCUUCGCGAGGUGACUGGUCGAUCACGAGGAGUUGCAGUGAGGGAGUACGGCCGACGAGAUAGUUUCACCUAGGCGAUCGAGACGACAAAGGGUGAUGCGAAGGGAAAAUCAAGGGGAGACCGCCAUCCCCGCUGACCACUCGCCACGGACUCCGUAAAUCAGGCCGAUCUUCUUUUCCUCCGUACCGCGAUCGACUCGCCGGAGCGGGCGUGUGCGCGAAGAGAGACGGAAAAACGGACGCAGGGCGGAUUGUGCUCAACAGCCGCGGCGUGUGCGGGGGAGCACGAGAUUUCCAGCACCCCUUGCUCGCUUCCGGAGCGCGAGGCUUCACCGGCGAGGCGCCGGUUGACUCGUUACCCUCAAGCAGCCCUCGUGUGCCACGCGUUCGCGUGGCGGGACUUGACGGGGGCUGAUCGAUUCGUCCGCGGCGAACUUUUUCCUUCGCGCGAUCGGCUGAAUCGCGAGAGCGUGUGCUCGUGGAUGUGCUCGCAAAAUCGGAAAACGCGCGCGGAAGUUUGAUGGCGCUCGCGGAUGACUCGAGACGCGUAAACGGGCGAGGCGUGCGAAGACGAACAGGAGCGAACUGCAGGAACGAGGCAACGUGACGUGUCUUCCACGGGAACGAAUGACUUCCCUCUCACGUCGACGGUCGCGGCGACGGAAUUAGCAUUUCUUUUCCCUGGGCGCGGGCAUGAGUAGAGAGACGUGAAGAAAUCUAUCCAUCUAUCUAUCCAUCCAUCUAUCUAUUUAUCAAUCUAUCUAUUUAUCUAUCGGGGGAAAACGAGGCUUGACUUUGAGCGCAGAGCCCGCAGUGAGGUAAGAACCAGCGUGUUUUCGUGCACCCGGUCGGACCAGCGUGACCCAGAUACGCCUGCAAAACCAUCUCGUGGAAUUCCACUCAAUUUCUAGUCGCCGGAUGCGGUGCUGCUUCUUCCGCGAAGAACAAAUAUUUUGAGGUUCGCGCGCAAACUUACCAGAUGUAUGUAUGUAUGUAGCGGCUCUCUAUACCCCGCGUCGCCGUGUCACACGGCCGUCUUGUAAGCCGCCGGAUGCGCGCUCCGAGAGAACCCGCUGAAACUUUCCGCGUUGCACCGGCUUUCGCCCUCGGAUGCAAUUCCUUUUCAAUCGGCUGCGGAUCAGCCCGUGCAUGCCGCGCGUAAUCUCGCGCACCCCGUAAUGGAAUCCCCCCGACCCGGAACCAUCGGCGGCCGCGAGUCGAAAUUAAAAAAUAUGUCUCGCAACGCAUCUCCUCUCUUCUUAUUUCCAAACUCGAUCCGGCUCGGUGCUGUAAUCGCCUUAUACGUCUUGUCCCGCGUAACAAGCGGCAAGUGGCUUAUUUCGGCCUCCGUUAUCGUAAGAACGCGGCGGGAGGGAGGGGAAUAAACGAGCAUGGAGAGACAAAUAGAUUUGUCACGCUCGGGGACCGCUUCGAAGAUCUUUUGACGACUCUCGUUGGAUUAAGCGCGCGUCCUGUCGCAUAAAUAUUUUUUUUAACCCCGUCCCCCACCUCUCUCUCUCUCUCUCUCUCUCCUUUCUUUCUGUCUUUCUCUUUCUCUCUCUCUUCACGCCGCCUGCCCGACAGACCAAGCGGAAACGGCUACGACAAUAAUCGCGCUUUUCGCCGGGUGCGAGGAGAUGCGCGAGACGAAAAAGCUGGCGAAGUAUCUCCGAAUUAUGCGGGGCCGGCCCGCGCGAAAUUCGUAGCUCGGCUACCAUGGCACGGCCGCCGCAGUUUCGCUCGGCGUUCCAUUUGCAUCUCAGGACGCGGAGAAUUUACGAGAGAGCCCGGGGGUCGUCGAUCCCGCACGCGCGCUCGCGCGAACCACGAGGCUGUCGCUCGCGCCCCUGUGUGUGUAUGAUAGACUCGAUAAGUUAUAUAACUAAACUCUCGACGUAUCAUCGUUCGCGAGAGGGAAAUAUAUUGGCGUGGUCGAUACAGGGCGAGUCGAUGUGGCACGUCGUCUCGACGUAGCCGAGAUACGAUCUUAAUUAUGCUAAACCAAGGCACGCGCGCGCGAGAUCGUGCCUUUAAUUGCAGACGCUGUUUCUGUUAAUUAAGCGUGCUUCUUUCUCGCGAUCGAGCGGCUUGGAGCGGCCGCUCAUUCGCUCCCACUUCCGCGAUUUUCUUAUCUCCGCGAAUGGAGGACACGGUUUCACCCUUUUCAUUCGUGAACGUGCGCGGACAUUCUCGUGUGUGCACUCUCGGUUUUCUGAAUAUUUCGUGUGUAUCUCUGUCCCCCCUCUCCCCCCCCCGCCUCCAUCUCCUCUGGUCAUAUCUAUCGAAUCGAAUUCUCCAUUCGGGAUGAUCGAGAUUGUAUCGCCUCGCUCUAAACCGGCCGCGUACUCGCAGUUAACGCGACCAGCUGACGCGGCCGGAAUGUUCUUCGAAUAAAGUUUCGCUCGACGUUCGGUUGCGGUGGCCGGAUAGCGCCCUGCCGGGAUAUAUAUCGGUUACAAAAGUGACGUGGAAGUUUCCCUCGGAAGCAGGGGCGCGCACGUGAGCGAGCGAGCGGACGCUCUCGCGAUGUUCCGGAAGCGAUUAAUUCCAACUACUUGGGAUUUCCAUGUAUAUAUAUAUCUCUCUCUCUCAAUGAGGCCCUCCCGAUACUUCAUCCGCCUCGCCGUCGUUAAUUAGUCGCCGUCACCGCGACUCGAUUUCGAGAGUCAUCCCGCGAGUCUCUCUCCGGUUGCGCCCCGCGUGUGUCUUCGAUGCAAGCGCGACCCGGAGGAUCGCAAGUCCGAGGAGUUCGAUCGAGCUGUGAUCGAAGCGAGUCGCGACUUCGGGCUCCGGAAGCGACAAUACGACGCUCCCGCUCGGGACUUCCGGCCGAGAAGCGCGAGGGGUGGAGAAAGGGGUGGCGAAAGGCGCGCACGGUGCGGACAACGAGGGACAGUGCGCAUGGACGCGCGCGCGGACACGUUCGUCAACAUAACGUUAAGCUUUAAGUGACUAAAAGAAAAGAAAAAAAAUCGUAUCGUACUGGUCUAUCCGUGUAUACGUCUCUCCAUAGGUCUCUGACAGUGGGUUGGUCGCGACGCGUGGCAAUCCGAGGCGCUCCUCUUCGCAAAUGUAUCCUGAGUCACAAAACGGCAUAGACAUAGCUCUCGAGCGCUGACAUUUCAGCGCUUCAAGAUGUCAAAAUUGAGAGGCACUACUGACGCACUUACGCAUGAAUUGGUUAUGGCAGUACAGGAUGUGAAAGUGAAUGUGAAAGGCAAAUAUCAUAAACUUACUUUUCUUCUGAAUAAUCAUAUUUCGUGUGCAUUUAUUUUACUGUACCUACUCUGCUUGCUCAUAAAGUUAUUUGCAUAUGUUCUCUUCUUAGUUUCCCUUUAUGCAUUUCCUCGAGUACCGCUAUCGCAGCAGUAUGAGCCUAAAAUACUUUACGUGUAUUAACACGUUAUCAUGUUAUUUCAAAUUUAUUUUCACACUUUGCACUGUCACUUCAUCUCCUGUCAUAACUGAUUCAUACACAAAUGCAUACGCAGUGCUUUUCAAUUUUCACCUUGAAACAGCUUUAAUGCUCAAAAUGCAUCCAAACCGUUUUGUGAUUCAGUGGGUCACGAAACGAUUUAAACACAAUACAAUUCAGAGCGUAGCCGAUCGUCCAAUGAGAGAACCUAUUUUUUAAUAAUUCGUUCUCUUAUUGGAUCAUUAGCUGCGCUCUGAAGUUUAUUGCAUUCUAAACCGUUUUGCUACUGUACACUACAAAAAUUAUUUCUGCGCUUGGAACUAGAAUAUUCGGCACACGUGAGUUGGUUGGCAUUAUUAUAUUUUUCACUUGUGCCAAGUGAAUGGCACAAGUGUGGAAUAUAUUAGUGAGAAAGCCAAACACGUGAGCGACAAAUUGUUUGCUUAUUAUUACCAAACAUUUGGUUGAGCUUAUUUUGACCGAAUUAUAGUCCGGUAUACCAAACAAGAUUCUUUUUUUAGUGUGACCGCGGCGCAAUGAAACGCGACAUCAUUCCGUCAUGAUCACACAUACAUACACCCUUAUACACACGGAAAAAACAGUAUGGUUGGCCCACGCAUAAAUCUAGUUGUGCCAACUGGAUGCAAUAUCGAGUCUGGCUGGCACAACCAGAUUUAUGUAUGGACCAACCAUACUCUCUAAAGUACAAUCAAUGUAUUUUUUACUGAAAUAUGUAUGCUAUACUUAUAUCUGACGGUACAGUUACAAGCAUAGCACUGCAAUCAGUAAAAUCUCAAUGAAGGAGAAGAUCAGGGAAUGAUAAUAAUCAUCUCUCUAUUGACGCAUUUUGCAUACACAGACAGUGCCAUUGUACGCAAAGCGCACGGUUGAUUCUAUCGUCGCAAACGCAAAAAAUUGCAUUUGGUAUAACGUAUCGCGAAUUUAUGUAUUUUAUUACCAAUUUUUCAGUGAAGUCUUACUCCCAAUAGUCGAAAUCAACAAGAAAUGAGACGUAGAGUGGAAACGCAGUGAAGUGGAAGUGUUAUCACCGUAAUUUACUGAUCUCAUUGGUGAAACAGUCCUCUUAGUGAUUCAAUUAGAAACAUUUCUCACCGAUUCACUUUAAGAGAGCACUGUUCUUUCCCGUGCACACACACACACACACACACACACACACACACACGCACGCACACGUGUUUCGGAAUUGCACGUGGCGCGAUAAAUAUUCAACAACCAUGCGGCAAUAACGGAACUCACUGACGGCCGAGCAAAUCGAGCGGAGCGAUCAGGCGCGAUCGUUACUUAACUUCAUUCGAGCUCCUUUCCAUUCUUCCGUAAGUAGCGAAAUCACACGCCGUCGCGGACGUAACGCGAUGCAUUUUGCAUCGAAUGCUCCCCAACGGAGUAUCGGAUUUUGCCGACUAAAAAUGGCUUACGCGUGACUGUCGAGUACUGUGCCCGCUCUCUUCUCUCAGGGCGCCACUUCGCCUCCGGUGCAUCGGCGCCGUUCACGUCGGUCGCUCUAAAGAUCGUUAAUUAUGGAACACGAGAACGUAAGCGGCCGCGUAAUGGCCACGUCACGGGCGCCAAUGUGGCUGAGGUAGAGCACCGUUGUUUAAUUUCAUCGAAUCGCUCGCGCAUCGCAUUGCUCGCUGCGCUCGCCAUCACAAAUUUAGGUCCAUCGCCGUUACACGGCCGGUUAACGCCGCACUCGCUUCUGUUUAUUUUCAGAUUUGUUUUGCCGAUUGUUUCCCGGAUAACAACCAUUGACAGAGCUAUCGACGGAACAAACAGCGCGCUGACGCCAUGAAAAUUCGAUAAGGCGUGUAACAAUAAGACGCGGAAGGAGAGAUCGGUCUUUCUUUCUUCUCGAGACGGUCUCCUCCCUCUCAAUCUUUCUUUAUUCUGCCUUUCGUUCAGCGAAGAUAAUUUCCUUGUCGCGCGGUGAGAGAAUAUUAUAGUUUCUUUUUUUCGUAUAAAUUGUCUUCGAUUUUACUAUGUUUUUAAUGCAGCCAUAUACUGUCAGUAGACAGUAGCAAGAUCUCAAUCUUGCUGAGGAACACGGCAAAUUUCUUCUCAAUGGCACAUCUCAGUUCUUGAGGUGCACUCCAAAGUCUCUCUCUGAGGAAAAUUUUGCUGAAAAUCUAUAGUUCACAUUAUAUACACGAUAUGGAUUUUUAGCUAAAUUUUCUUCUUGGACAAAACCUUGGUUUGCGAACGAGAAAUAAUGAUAAAUAUUAAUUAUAAUUUUAAUCUACAUCUGAUAUAUCAGAUAAUGCCAGUUUUACCAGUAAUUGGAUUAAAAAAUGAGCCAUGUCCUAAUUAUUGAACAAUGCAGACUUAGUAAUUAAAUGAUUAUUAAAUAAUAUCACACAUUGGCAGAAUGUGAGGAAAUUUUUUUAAAUAAAAUUUCAAGUACCUUUUCAGAAAUAUUAAAUACAAAUGUAUUUUUAAUGUUUCAAUCAUUGGGACAAAGUUCAAUUAUUGAGACGUUUAUCUUAACACAUACGAAAUGAAAGAAUAACGAAUUGACGCAGAAUGUCGAUCUAUUCCUCCGUCACGAGAUUUCACAGUGAUUUUUACUAUAAAAUUCUCUCUCCGUGUGGAAAGUGUCGCUUAUCAAGGACUCCGACGCCGCCUCGAAUCCGCGCGAUUAUCAGCAGCGCGAUCGACCCACGAAUAGCCGUCGUACUGUACAUACCUUCUUGAAGUGUAAACGAUAAACGAUCGCUGUAACUCUCUUCGGCAUGACUAAGAACCACGAUGUAACUCUUACUAAUUCACGCUCCCUAGAACGACCGGGUACUUUGUUACCAUUGAAAAACACGCGUGAGUCGAAUCACGCGAGACUCUCGUCAUCGAUACUAUCGACAGCCGCGCGGCCGGAAGGAAAUCCUUUCCCGCGCCCCUUUCCCCGCGGAGCGGCGAGCUCGUUUCCCGCUCGACGGGAGGGGCAGAAGGUACACGCGUUGCGAUAUCGAGUCGUUUGAUCGUCACGAUCGUCACGGGCGAGAAAGAGGAGUUCACUCGAUAACACGCCGGACGAAUCGACCGUCAGUGUCAAAGAUCAGAGAUUCAUUAACGAAGACACGGCACAACCUUGUAAAUAAGAGAUAAGAAAGAGUGCGGAAAAAGGAAUCGCUCCCGAUCGUCGUGGAAGUUAAACGGCUCGUCCGUGCGAAUCAGGGGUGCGCAAGAUGAGCGCGCGGAAAAACUAGUUCUCAGAAGUCCCUGUUCGGACUACUCACUUUUCUCCGAUCUCUUCGCUCGCGUCUCAACGAUACGCGCGCGAACAUUAAUCCCUCCGCCACCGUGUGUGCGAAGUGCGAUCGCGUCGCUCUCUCUCUCUCUCUCUCUCUCUCUCUCUCUCUCUCUCUCUCUCCAGACUGGAACUUCAAGCUAAGAGCCACGACGCAGAGCGACGUGUUUGGGAUUUCGCGUUUGGGUUGGCAGGAGGGUCGGACCAACCGCGACGAAAUUUUGCGCACCUUUGAGCCCGCUAGUGCAAGUACUCGAGGUGCUUGAAGCGACCACUGCGUCUCUCCUGGAGGAGAAGAAACCGCGCGCGAUAACGUGGUUGUAUGUUCCUGGAGGAAGUGAAAAGUUCCCGACGAGAGAGACGCACGAUCCGUCGUCGUCGUUGAGCGCGAGAAUACGAGUUUUGAAAUAUCACCGCUACCGUCUCACACCCUCUCUUCCUGCCGCCCGUCCUCCUUUGCGCGUCCUCCUUAUCCCACUGCCCCAGAGCUCUCUCUCCGCCGACCUUUCGAUUCUUUCCUGCCUUUUCCACCCCCUGCCCCUGUCCCCGUGCUUUUUUAUACGCCGAACGAGAUCUGUCCUCGUUAGUACUUGUAAAUGGCUUUCGCGCACGCGAGAGUGCCGGCUAUUCCUAUUCUCCUGCUUCUGUAUAUUCUGAAAAGGAUAAAAGGCGAAGGAUAAAAAGAGAGAGAGAGAAGAAGAAGAAGAAGAAGAGAACGAGACGAACUCGGACGCGAGCGCGAUAAUUGACCCUCGGACGCUUUCCUCGAGCCCUCGAGCUCGCGUCCGAGUCGCGAGAGCGAGAACGACGACUGGUAGCGAGUAAGUUAACCCGAUUGUACGAGAUCAAUUACUGUUAGCACGAGCGAUCAGCGUAACGCUCUUAGCGACACUACUCGAAAGAUGUUAAACUAACGAAGUACCAUUAAUGUAUAUAUAUAUAAUAUCGAGCAGUACCGACUUACCGUUUAUGUUGGAAUCCAAUUGUACCAGAAUUCGUAAGGCAAUUAAAAGAGAAGGAAUAACGAUUAUUUGUGGGAGACACACGGGAGAUUCUCAUUUUCAGCGAGCCACCGCCCAGCGGCGCCCCCCGACCCGGAGGGGCGAGGGGAAACGACGCGCGUCGAUUUUUGCCCGUUUAGAAAAGCCCGCACGAGAAAUUGGAUCAUUUAUUUGCAUAACGCCCCGGCCCCCCUCGCCCCCGACCGAGCCCCUGUCCUAGUCCCCGACAUCCAGUCGCAUUUUUAAUUAAACGACUGGAUUUUCGACCGAGGUCGAGUUCAUUUCGCGGUCCGCGCCGAGCGCGCUGGAAAACGACGUGUUGUUACGGGGAUGGGAGAACUCUGUGCGCGUAUCGCAUAUGGCGAAAGCUGCGAAUACAGCGGGACAUUUCGUGUUUCUUAUGCACUUGGCCGACUCACUCGCCGACGUCGCGACGAUUCUUCACCGGCGCAAAAUAACGGUAGUUUAUUCGCCGUCAUGCGUUUUCCACCGUGCCGGCGAACGAAAGUCCGCGCUCCCGUCGUCCCGCGAGGCGCAAAACGCGUACAUCUCGAGCAGCAUCCAUCCCAGUUACCUCGUUCCUUCUCCCACAGCUCCUCCCCGUCGAACGAGAAUUACGUGACGUCGAAACUCGUCGAGCGUAAUGGAGGACGAAAAGAAGAAGAAGAAGAUAGGACAGAAGAGGAACAAGAAGAAACUCCGGCAAAGUCAACACGCCCGCGAAGACAACGGACGCC